AUGGGCUCUAAAAUAUUUCAAGGCGUGCAAGACAGAUAUAAUGGUGUUACCGUCGAUUCACAAGAAGAACCUUGUGAACCUAACCAAUUUCUUAAUCAGUUAAUUGAUUCAUUAACGAAGUGGUCGGAAGAAAACAGACGAUGCAUAUGGUUCAAGGUUAAUAUAAAAGAUGCAGGUUGGGUUCCUGUGCUUGCAAAUGAAGGCUUCAAUUUUCACCAUUCUAGAGAUAAUUUUGUGAUGAUGUACAAAUGGCUGCCUACUAACAGUUCUUCAAACCUGCCACCUGCAUGCCAUACUAAUCUUGGAGUUGGAGGAAUAGUCCUUAAUGAAAAAAAUCAAAUAUUGGUUGUAUCUGAGAAAGAUAUAGAUUACCCUCAUUGGAAGCUACCUGGUGGAUAUGUAGAGAGAGGUGAAGACAUUAAAGAUGCUGCGAUGAGGGAGGUCAAGGAAGAAACAGGCAUUGAUACUUCUUUUGAAUCAAUGGUAACCUUGAGGCAUACACAUAACAUGAUGUUCGGCAAUUCAGAUGUAUAUGUCAUAGUAAUGCUUAAAGCUAAAACAGAGACGAUUUGUAAGUCUGACACAGAAAUUAAAGCAUGCCAGUGGAUGGAUGUGGAAGAAUAUUUAAAUCACCCACACGUUCAUGAUUUUAAUAGAUUUAUAGUAAGGCAAGCUUUUGAUUUAAAAUCCAGGCAGUUAAAGCUUGCAUUCAAGAAAGAGACGUUAAAUAUAUCUAAAUUUUCAAGAGUUAUUACAAAUCUAGUUUUGGAAGAUCUAUGA